AUGGACAAUCCGUUAUCCGGCAUGGAUUUGGGGCUGCAGGCCCUGAAAGCGCUCAAGGUCGAGGACAUCGUCGAGAUAAUUAGACUCGUGAUAUCGAUCUUGGAGGAGCAUUUCCGUAGAAAAGGCGAAGCCGAAAGUGCGCAGCGAAGCCGAAGCGUUGACUCUGCAGGCCAGCUGACGCCGGCACGCCAGGCCUUGGAAGCUUGGCUGCGGCGUCAGAUGGACGUCUGCGUGAGAAUUCUUGCCGACUUUGUUGAGGCGUGCCAGGCGAACUUUCCCACGUGGGCCACCUAUGCAAAAUGGGCGGCUGUGGCUGGAGUGACGGGUGUGGCCCUCGUUUAUGGCCCUGGCUGGGUGCGAGGCGGAAUGUUUGUGCUUUCCGUGGCCCAGUGGUUCCAGCCAAACGAGCCGCCGCAACGACAGGCUCGCGGAACUACGGGACGGCCCGGUCGU